AUGAAAUUAAGAUGUGGCGGUAACAAUAUCGACAAUAAAAUAUGUUUUAUAAAAACAGCAACAACAACAGUAUCAUUAAAAGGUGGUAAUGAACGAACUGUCAUUUCAAACCACUUAUAUUACAAGCUGUUAAACACUGAACGUAAAGUUCAAGUGAUAGAUACUAGAUUUGAUGGUUUUCAAUUACUUUUAAGAUUAGAAAUAGAGAAAAUAGGAUUGAAAUUGAGAGUUGAAAGGAUAAUGAAUGAUCAUAUUCAUUCAUCUUGUGCUAGUGCCAUACUAUACGAAAAGCUUAUUGAUUUAAUUGUGAAACGUCGCUUUUAA